CAUCGUCCCUAAAAGAACGGUGUGGUGUUCGAGUUUCCGUGAAAAACAGCAGAUUUGCAACCAGAAAAAAACUAAUAACCGAUCACAGGCACGUCUCGGGCGCCACUAGUUUAUGUCGUCUUCUGAAAGAAGGCAAUAGCAACUAGCGCUUGCUGUGUCAACGAAACGUUGCCGGCGCACGAAGAACGACGACGGAGCAGAAGAACCCCAGGAGUGAACAGGAACAGACAGGAACCAUCCACAGCGACAGCGGCACACAAUGGCAGACGUGGACGAUGUGAUAAGCGAUCAGGACAAGAUCCGGAUCGCAUCCGACUUCCUGAUGCACGCACCGCCCGGCGAGUUCAACGAGGUGUUCAACGAUGUGCGCGAACUGCUGAACGACGAUCGGCUGCUGAAGGAAGGUGCCAGUGCCGCCUGCGCCCAGUACAACAAGGAUCAGCUUACUCCAGUCAUCCUCGAGAACUCGGAGUUGGCCGUGCUGAUCACAGAGUUUAACGAUCUCGGUGGCGGCCGCUUCUAUGAUCCACGCACCAAGCAGAGCUUCAAGUUCGACCACCUGCGCAAGGAGGCCACCGACCUGCAGAACCUCGAUGGUGACCACACGUCGGAGCAGUGGCGCGCGAUGCUGGACAUCGAAACGCUCACCUACAGCGCCAACCAUUACCGCAACGGGUCCUGCUCGGUGUACGGGCGGACGGUGAACGGGCAGAUCACGCUGAACGUGUGCAUCGAGGACCACCAGUUCCAGCCGAAGAACUUCUGGAACGGGCGGUGGCGCUCGGUCUGGUCGAUCACGUUCCCGGCGACCGGCGGUGGUACGGCCGAGCUGAAGGGUUCGCUGAAGCUGCAGGUGCACUACUACGAGGACGGCAACGUGCAGCUCGUGUCGGCGAAGGACUGCCGCGAGUCGGUACCGAUCACGAACGAGGCCAACACGGCGAAGGAGAUCAUCCGGCUGAUCGAGGAGAGCGAGCACGACUACCAGACGGCAAUAUCGGAAAACUACCAGACGAUGUCCGAUACGACGUUCAAGGCGCUCCGGCGACAGCUACCCGUGACGCGGACGAAAAUCGACUGGAGUAAGAUAGUAUCCUAUAGCAUCGGUAAGGAGCUGAAGACACAGUAGAGCGCGCGCGCCUAGGGAGAGGAACAAGCAUUAGAAGGAGCGGGACAUGGUGAGGUCAUGGUGGAAAACGAGAGCAACAAAUGAAAUGCAUCGCUGCAGCGUCCCUGAAACGGUAGGGACGACGGGGCUUGGAGAGCUAAGCAAAAUCGGAGCAAAAAAGAAAAAAAGAUCGUUAGGAAAAAAGCAGAUGGAGGGGGGAGGGAAAUGCGCGAUUUAGUUUACUCCUUUUUCUUUUUGUUACUAGGUAGAUGAGAACAUGAAACAAGCUUACCGAGACACUACUAAACUUAGCCUAGUUGUGCGUUGGGAUAUCCUGCAACCUCCAAUCACACAUUAGAUACGCGCGACAGUUAUUUCCCCCUACUCUCCCUCCCGUGUGGGCUGAGAGAAGAACGAACAAACCAGGCCAAUGCAAAAAGUAUUCAAACAUCCAGCAGAGACAAACGGACACACUUACAUACCGCUAAAUCUUUCGCCCGGGUAGGUAGUGAAAUUGAUUUGUUUUGUCCCGUGUCGGCUCAAUCGAGCCGUGUCGAAUAACAACCAAGGAAGGUCCUGUUGGACCUCCUUUUCAGCUUGUUUGUGUUUUCGUUUUGUUUCGUUUUUUUACAAUCUUUCUCUUCACAAGGAGAACGACGGAUGAUGGAGGGUUAGGACUGAAAAAACCCGAAAAAGAGCAUGGAAUAAAGCAAAGCUAAACACGCAGAAACAGGCGAAAUAAUUUA